AUGACACAUAAAGACGGAACAGAGUCAGAAAAUGAAGACGCACAAACCCAAAUGGUUGCGCAAGAAUCGGUACCUACAGAAGAGGUGAAAAUGUUAAGACAACAAAUGACCGAAAUGUACGAAGCUUGGAUGAAUGGGCAAGCUCCUCUGCCUUCAAUUCGAGAAUAUUUGAAUGCGAAUAUGCCAUUCCCCAUCCAAGUGUCAACAAGUGACCCGGUUUAUCCACCUGGGUUUGGACCCUACAUUAACACAUCUAAUACUGCCGGAACUUCCUCAGAAAACCCGUUGAAACCAUCAAAGAUGAAUAAUCCACUUUUCAUGCCUACUGUCCAAACUAAUACAAUUCCUCAACCGACACUGGUACAAAAGUCCAAUGAUGACCCUAUACUCAAAGAUCAAUACGGCCAAGGUUAUGCCCCUAAAUUAACUUCCAAUGUUCCUAACUCUUACCACCACCAAUACAGUUCUCCCGUUGAGGUUGAGAAAAACAUUAAGAAUGAGGAACAUGAAGAAAUUGCAAGGAAAAUGAGGAGUUUGGAACAAAACAUAAGGAAUAUGCAAGGUCUGAGAGGACACAAAAGUGUCUCAUUUAAGGACUUAUGUAUGUUUCCAGUUGUUCACUUGGCUUUAGGGUUCAAAACUCCAAAGUUUGAUAAUUAUAAUGGUCAUGGCGAUCCAGUGGCUCAUUUGAGAAGAUUUUGUAAUCAGUUGAGGGGAGCCAGAGGAAAAGAAGAACUUCUUAUGGCUUACUUUGUAGAGAUUUUAACGGGCGUAGCAUCAGAAUGGUUUAUCGAUCAGGAUAUUUCUCAUUGGCACGUUUGGGAUGAUAUGACGCAAGAUUUUGUCCAACAAUUUCAACACAAUAUCGAUAUUAUUCCCGAUCACAAUUCCCUAGCUAAUAUGAAAAAAAAGCCAUCAGAAAGUUUUAAAGAAUAUGCCAUAAGAUGGAGGGAGCAGGCGGCUACAGUCAAACCGCCGAUGAAAUACUAUGAGUUAGUUGAUGUUUUUCUCCAAGCUCAAGAACCUGACUACUUUCAUUAUCUUCUCGCCGCAACGGGUAAGCCUUUCGCCGAAGCGAUUAAGAUCGAAGAAAUGGUAGAGAAUGGCAUAAAGUCGGGUAAGAUUGUGAGUCAAGCAGCCAUUAGAGCUACCACACAAGCAAUACAAAGUGGAUCCGGUAAUUUUACCAAUCGAAAAAAGGAGGAAGGGUCCAUGAGAGCAUCUGGAUCGAGAGGUGUUCAAUUGGGCAUGAACAAUCCUUAUGGUCAAGUCCAACAAGAACAAUAUAAUUCUCCUCAGCAUUAUUACCCGUCCCAAUAUGCAGUUCUAAAUACUCAGGCAUAUGUCCGGCCUCCUUCGCGCCAACAAUGGUGGGGGCCUGCCCCACAAGUUAAACCUGUCAAUCCGUACGUUGUCAAUCCAAAUGCAAGAGGUUUUGAUACAACUGUUAUAUGCGAGUAUCACGCCAACGCUCUAGGUCAUAGCACAGAGAAUUGUUGGACCCUAAAAAGAGUCAUUGAGAAGUUAAUCGAGGAUAAGGUAAUCGAGGUACGCAAUGAGGAAGCACCCAAUGUCACCAAUAACCCACUCCCUGCUCAUAAUAAUGAGUGUGUUGUGGGGAUGGUUGACAUUUUUGAAGAUUAUGAGCAAACAAGUAGAACAAAAGUGGAAAGCAAGGUUUCAAAAGAAGAGUCUAGUAUGGUUUUAGAACCCAUACAAAGGGCACCGAUAAUUGUUAAAGGUGCAUGUUCGAAUAUUGGGAAAUCGAGGAAGCUAGUGUUGUAUGUCCCUGAAUCUAUAAAAAGAGAAGACGUACCGUUGAAUGAACCAAAAUGCUACAUUCCUGGUAAAUUUUCAAUGUUUGAUCAAAAUCAAGAAAGUAUGAAAGAGCCAGUUGUGAUACAAAUUGCAACACAACUUCCGAUCACAAACACCAAGGUCAUUCUGUGGAACUACAACAAAGUCGUCGUUACUCACAAGGGAAAGGAGAUUAUCAAAGAAACAAAUGAAACAAGAGGCUUAACUCGUUCCGAAAGAUGUUAUGCUCCGGAAGAAUUAAAGAGGGACAAACAAAUCAAAGAAAAUCAGUUGCCGAUAAAAAAACCAGUCACUGAGGAAGAUGCUGAAGAGUUUCUAAAAAUGAUGAAAGCUCAAGAUUAUUCUGUUAUAGAUCAGUUGAGGAAAACGCCUGCUCAAAUCUCUUUAUCGUCAUUUCUCAUACAUUCUAAAGAACAUUGUGAAGUGUUGACCAGAAUUUUGAAUGAGGCACAUAUAUCAGAAAAUAUUACAGUAAGUCACUUGGAAAAGAUGGUCAAUCAAAUUUUUGAGGUAAAUAGAAUCACUUUCACUGAUGAUGAAUUGCCCUUGGAAGGAUCUGGACAUAAUAGGGCUCUACAUUUAACCGUGAAAUGUGAAGAACACUAUGUGAAGAGAGUCAUGGUCGAUGGAGGAUCAGGUGUAGACAUAUGCCCUCUUUCCACUCUACAAAGCUUGAAAAUCAGCACUGAUAGGAUUCGUACUAACAAUGUUUGUGUACGGGCAUUUGAUGGUGCAAAACGGGAUACUCUUGGUGAACUAUACUUAAUUGUUGCAAUUGGACCAGCGGAGUUUGGAAUCACUUUCCAAGUUAUAGACAUGGACACGUCUUAUAAUCUGCUUUUGGGUAGGCCAUGGAUCCACAUGGCUAGAGCUGUGCCGUCUACUCUACACCAAGUGGUCAAGUUUGAACAUGACAAACAAGAAAUCAUUGUCCAUGGUGAAGUUGAUCUCCCAAUCACCCGAGAUCCUUCAAUACCAUGCAUUGAGGCUAAAAGAGGUUGUGAAUCCCUCAACUAUUAG